ACGUCAUUGGUUGUUGGAGAAUCGACGCAUCAACAUCAUGUCAGACAAUAAUGAGACAGUGUCGCAGCAGCCAUCGGAUGCACAGGAGCAACGUCAAAUAUAUUUCAAAGAGUUGAAACGUAUAAUUAUUCAAGCGCGCGUUAACCGAACGGUUGAUUGGUUGGAUCAAAACUUAGGGAGUGCAAGCGAUUCACUCAUGGAACAAAUAGAUGCUAAAUUGAAUACGUUGGUAACACUCCUGCUAACAAAUAAUAGCAAUGAUGCUCAGCAGCAGCCGAGGGAAACAACCCUUCUAUAUGCGGUGACUGGAAGUGACCCUGUUCACAUCGAAAAUUGUAUGAAAGCGGUAGAAAUGUCCGGCGUUAAAACAUACUUGUUACACAGAGAUUAA